CAGCAGUUGGUUUUGUUGUUGAAUUAGUUGCAGAACUGUUGUAUUCAUUACAAUGGAUUGAAGAAUUGGAGAAUCCUCCUUAUCUGCUUCUGGAAUAUCUACAUAUGUUAGAAGAAAUGCACAUCACAUAUGAGAAGUUCAGUGCACUCAGUAAUACAACUAACCUUCAGCAAACAAUAUUUGAUAGAUCAGAGGAACACGGAAGACUCUGGUCCUUAACCAUGGCCAAAGUGAUUCAUGGAGAAGACGCUGUAUCCUAUGAGAUGAAAAAGCUUUUUAAGACGAGCGAAGGGUUUCUGCCAUUAACAGAGGGCAGAUUGCAUACACUUCAGUGCCUAUCACCCUUUUUAAUUGAGGAAGAGAAGAGAGAACUUGUUUUUCACUGCGUGGCCAAACUUAUGACAUGUCCACAGACAGAGCUCUCCAGUACUGAUGGUCAGUAUGGUUUUCUACCUCAGCAUACUUCAUUAUAA